UGCGAUGGGUGAGCGCGGGAAGAUGGCCGAAAAGGUGACCAAGUCAGUGCUGUUCGUGUGUCUGGGUAACAUCUGUCGAUCACCCAUCGCAGAAGCAGUUUUCAGGAAACUUGUAACUGAUCAAAACAUUUCAGAUACUUGGGUCAUUGACAGUGGCGCUGUUUCUGACUGGAACGUGGGCCGGUCGCCAGAUCCAAGAGCUGUGAGCUGCCUAAGAAAUCAUGGCAUUAACACAGCCCAUAAAGCAAGACAGGUUACCAAAGAAGACUUUACCACUUUUGAUUAUAUACUAUGUAUGGAUGAAAGCAACCUGAGAGAUUUGAAUAGGAAAAGAAAUCAAGUUAAAAACUACAGAGCAAAAAUUGAACUACUUGGGAGCUACGAUCCACAGAAACAGCUCAUCAUUGAAGACCCUUAUUAUGGUAAUGACGCUGACUUUGAGACCGUCUACCAGCAGUGUGUGCGGUGCUGCAGAGCCUUCCUGGAGAAGGUUCGCUGACCCGGGUCCAGGCCUGCCGCGGCCCGGCCUCGUGCCCACCGGCUCGCAUUCUCGGUCAGGUGUCACAGUGUCACCAUUCCCUAGCCGAGGCCGCAGCCCUUUUUUCAGUUGACUCACUGUUUCCUACCUUAAAAAAUAAUUGUAGAUGGAAAUCAGUUGUUGCAUUCGGUGGACGAAUAAAUAAAAAAUUUUGAUUCAGACAGUUUAUGGGGUAAGUGUUCUUAGACUAGUUGAACCUCCCACUUUGCCCCAGUUACAAAAAUAGUGGAACAAAGAAAAUAGUAGAGCAGCAAAAUAGCACAUAAUGAAGUAAAACACCACCGUAGGGCUCGUCAGCAUCUGAGCCCGUCGGCACUUCCAAGCAUCGGCACUAGCUCUUCCCUGUGUGUGGACGGGGCCCCUGCCCCGCACUGCCUUUUGAUGCCGGGGCCCGGUGUCCAGUGAUGUCGGCGAGAAGCGUUCACACACAUGCACAGGGCACACCUGGGCACUUGCAGGACAGGGAGGAGGAAGAUUUGUGUGACUCGGCCUCAGACCUUCACUCCU